GACCAUGCCUUCCGCUUGCUGCAGCCCGGGGGGGUCCUCACCUACUGCAACCUGACCUCCUGGGGGGAGCUGCUGAAGACCAAGUACGACGACAUCGAGAAGAUGUUUGAGGAGACCCAGGUGGGGCACCUGCUGGAAGCCGGGUUCAAGAAGGAGAACAUCAGCACGAGGGUGAUGGACCUGGUCCCCCCAAGGGACUGCAGGUACUACUCUUUCCACAAGAUGAUCACACCCACCAUCGUUAAGCACUGA